UCCGUCGUGCCGCGCCGUCAUGACCUCGGGCGAAGAUGUGGCCAAGGGCCCGCCACAGACUCCCGUGCUCACUGUCGGAUGUCGCAUGCUACGAUCGCCCUCCCACGAGUCCGUCACCACAGAUCUUUCGCUGUUCUCAGUCUCCUCUCUCGCCUCCGAGGCGGCCGGGAGGUCUGUCAAACUCGUCACCUUCAAACCCUACUCUGACACCGUCGGUCGCGGGCCCAGUCCCAACCCCGAUAGCAAAGGACAGACACAUGCCAGGCCACCAGAUAUCCCAGAGAUUGUGUGGUUUGAAGAGGAAAAUGAACUGAUCCGCAGUUGUGCCGCUCUCUCGUCUGUGCUGGGACUGCAAAAGAGCUUCUCUACAAGUGAUAUCAGUCAGCUACCGUCCCCAGAGGAUGCUCCCAUUGCAGUACGCAGCGCAGUCAGUGAUCUAGUGCUCAGUUCCGUGCAGCGCACUGGCUAUAUCAUUGAUCAUCCCAGGUUAGAACAUGCCUCGAGGUCAUGCUCCACAUGGGUGGCAGUGGGAGAUGUGGCCUCUACGUCUCAGCUUCCAUCACCUCAUGGUGGCCACACCGCUACAUCAACCCCUGCCCCACCUCCUCCAUUUUUCACCGCUGCCGAUCUCAUCCGCUCAGUCAAUAAAAAGGUGAGACAAAACUACAUACGACGACGACUGCUAACCACAUAUAAAGCGUUAGAACGCUUGUCCCAGAGUGAAUUUAACCUGGACCGAUUGGAACUUGCUGCUAGUGCAGCGGCGGCCAGUAGUGCUGUCAAACCCUGUGUGGAGGUGCCAGGCGUUCACCUCACAGUUCCUGGUACUCCUUGUACACAAGUGACAACACUGCUGCGAGUGGUGAAACACCGCACAGCCACACAUAAGAACCUCCCACUGACUGUCACAGAUGUGGAAAGGGAGAGGGGGAAACCACUCAGUAAGUACGACCGUAACAUGAUGAUCUUCAAUUGGCUGCAUACACUUGACGAGACGCCUGUUGACACGCAGUGAUAUGUCCUCGGCCACAUUUAAACUGUUUAUGGCACUACCUCUUCCGUCGGUUCCGACAGCGUACACCUCUCAUAUCAGUUGUUCUGUACGGUUACUUACUCAACUCGCUCCUUUGCCGAUUACAAUUUAUAUAAUCUACUUGUUCCUUGUGUUUUCAUUUUUAUAAUAGGUUUUAGUACAAAUUGAGUCCUACUAAGUAAACGCAAAGUGAAAUCCGUCUCAUAUAAUAUUUAUGUAAUCAAAUAUUCUUAACCCUACAGGUGCUAGAGUCCUGUAUCUAUAAUAAUGUUUUGUCAAGACAUGGGAUUGCUACCCUAGCACUUGAGGAUUAAAUAACAAUUGCACAAAUUCAAGAUGUAUUUUAAAUUAAUAAUAUGUCCCUUUUCCUAAUUCUAAAAUUCAAUCCAGUUAAACAUUUCUGUUUAAAACUAUGAACUAGUACCUCAUAGACAUCCUAGUUACAUAUUAGGUAAACCUGAAGAAAUGUAGAUAGAAUUCAAUGGUGGGACAACUCUGCUCGUACACAUUCAAUUAUUUUAAGUAUUGCUUCAGAGUAUGAUUUUGAAUUAAAUGUAUUUGUGACUUAUUUUAAGAGCUCUGAAAUUCAAGAUUUUAUCAUAAAAUAUUAUCAGUGCCUUUUUUACAUUUUGAUUGAUUGAAGAUAGCUUUGAAAAUGCCUUACUAAAUAUGUUGAUAUUACUAUCUACGUAUUUAUGAAAUGCGUGAGGUUCCUUAUUUAAAAGUUGCUUUCAAAUAACUAUUAUACUUACUACAAGGUACGAAAAAUAAGAAUUGUAAAAAUAUGAAUCGUAUUGAAAAGGUGUAAGUUUUCUAGUAUGGGGUGAAUUUUAAUGUUACUUGAAUGUUGUUUUGUCAAUUAAAAAAAAAUCAUUGAAAUUGUUUUAAAUAAGAUUAAUGUUUUGAAAUAAUGUAUAUAUUUUUAUCUUUAUCAGUGUGGCUUAACACAUUCCUACAAAUAUUUUGAAGAUUACGGUCAUAUGAACUGAAAUCCUUAAACUUAAAAUUUAUUAGCUUUGAAGUAAAAUGAUCUACUCUUCCUUGAUUCUUCUUUGCUCCUCCUGUCCAAGGGCGUGGAUAGUGAGGGGAUCCAAAGAUUCUGUACCCCACAAAUUACUUUUUCAUUAAACGAUUAUUUUUAUUUAAAUAAUUCAGUAUUACUGACAUGUAUUGCUGAAAGAACGUUCUCUGAAAAAAAAGGUCAAGAACCUUUUAAGGAACAAAAUGGGGCCUUACUCUCUGUCCACUAUGGGAAAAUAUCAGUUGUAGGAACCCCUAAAAUCUUUUCCUGGCUAUGUUCUCGCUCCCAUCAAAAGCAUGAAGUUUUAAAAUUAUUUUGAGAGUUGGUUAAUUGGUAAAUUAGAUAGCAAUAGUUGUAUAAAAAACUUUAAAACAAAUUAAAACACACUAAAUUUAGAUUUAUGUAUUGUAUGGAAAUAAUAUCAAAACUGCAAUUUUGUUCAUGGAAAACAAACUUUUUUAUUGCAGUUACAAAAUAAAUAUAUGUGAUUUCUUGUCUUAAUUAUACCAUUUUAAAUAAUACAAAAACCACACUUGAAUUUACCACUGUUACUUUAUAAUGUUUGUAUAGUACUAAUUUUUUACAUUGUUUUGAAUUUGGUCAUGUAUAUUCAAAGAAUUGAAUUAUAGCCCUAGCUGGAGAAAAUAAUAUUAAAGACAAAUUAAAUUACAAAUUUUAAACUGUCACUAAUUCUAAGAAAACUUUACUUGAUCAGUACAACAUCACUAUACUGGAUUUAUUGUGUAGGAUAAAUCAUUAAUAAAAUGAUAAAAGAACAUAUCUAAAAAAUAAUUAUAUGCUUCGUUGAGGAGCUAAUUUUGUCAUCUCAAAAUGGCAUGUGUACCUUAUUCUCUUAAGAUAUUUGAAAAGAAUAUUUUAGUAUGAUUAUUAUACUCUUAACAAAGGUUUAAUAAUAUUCUUUUUCCCAAUUGUCUCUAAAGUUAUGUUUAAUAUAAUGUACACUCUUUAGUCACACAAUCAGAGAAAUAAGGUAAAUGUUUUCAGAGAAGUCUUGAGGUUGUGGCCCAGUUAAUCAAAAGCCUUACUGGUGGUGUGUUGCUUGUCUUCUAAAUUUUUAAUAAUUUGUUCACCAAAGCCUCAAUCACAACUAUAAUUCCAACUGUAGCUGAUUUUCGAGUAACAAAUCCAUGUUGUUUAGUUCUCAAUAAUUUGUCUUGUCUAAAAUGGCUAUGGGUUUAUGUACAAUAUUUUGUUGAGUUUGGAAUAGAUGAGAGUAGAGAAAUAGGUCUAUAAUUUGAGAUAUUUCAAUACUCAUCUUCUUUUAGUUUACUAUCUACCUAGAAAGUGAAAAUAUUUGCUAUAGAUGUGUUAAUGAUUUUCAAGAGAUUAAUAAUCAAGUUAUUCUACUUACUUUUAGGCUUUUGGAAGGUAGAUAAUCAAAAUGAUCCUGUUUAUUUUGUACGCUUUUAUUGAAAGUAAAGAAGUAAAAAUGUUUCCUGUCAUUGUUAGAUUUUGAGAUAUUGCUGAUUGAAUAUUGUUUAUGUACAUUGCAUUUUAUUGUGUAACAAAAUAUUCAUUGAAUCAAUCUGCAUUUUAUAUUUCAGAGUUAUUAUCAAGUUCUUUCUUGCAAUGUCUCUCACUUUUGAUAGUUUCCCAGAUGACCUUGGUUUUGUUGCUAACAUGUUUAGUACAUGCUGUACUUAAUUUCUGUUUUCACCUGUUUUAGUCUUUGAUCUAUAGUUUUUCUUAUUGGCAUUCGUUAUCUGGUCAAUAGGAUUUUCAGUGAAAAGAUAUUUGUUUUUUUUCUCAGAAACUUCUUUUAUGUUUCAUAAGCAAACCUUCCAGUUGGGUUUAAGGUUUGCAUUGAAUGAUUUGUUUAUUCCAAAUUAAUAAAACAUAUCAUUUAUGUACUGUUAUCUUCUAUCUCUAGAUUUGUUAUAUUGUUAGAUAUAUCUAUAGAUACACCCUUUAUAUGCUUUUCUUCUGAAUAUACACAUGCCAAUUAGUAUCUAAUCAGCCAGCUUAAUAUGUUUUACUAUGUUUUCAGUAUAAGUUUUGUAGGUCACAAGUAUCAGGACAGGGGAAACUGUAUCAAGGGAAUUAAAACUUUUCCUACAUUCUGCAAACAUUUUUGGAACCCCUCUAAGGCUGAUAGAACAUUGAGUCAAUUUGUCCAGAUUCUUACAGCAGGGCUGGAAUCUCCCAGAUAUGGAAGUAAAUUCCUUGAAGCUAAGGAAAUACAAGUUAACACAAUCAAAGUUAAGGAAAUACAUAUUAAGUUUGACCUGAAACAACACUGCUUAAAGUUGGAAUAAGGUAACUUCAAUCAUUGAUUUAAAAUUUCAUUUUAAAGGUAAUACCUGAAGAAUUUUUGUAGAACCUGAAAUAUAAUGCGUUUCUCAUUACUUAAUGUAUUCUUUUAUCAUCUUAAUCAUACUGCUGUCCAUACACAACUGAUUAUCUAGUGUUCUUUGUAUUAUUAUUUGUUACAAUAUAUAUUUGUUCUGUUUAUUAAAGAGCCAAUGAGUAUUGUAAAUAUUGUCAUAAGCCAUUACAAGAUAAUCAAUAGUUACCGAACUUGUACAACAAUUUUGUGCACAAACUAUUUAACUGAUGUUGAAGAGGUAGAAAAUAUUAAAUAUUCUUUUUAUGACUCUCGCCAUGAACAUCUCACACCCUCGUAUGUUUGUAACUGGCUCGUACACAGUGUCUUGAUAUUAAUAUACAGUGUUUUAAGCAAAUAUUACCAGAUAUGUAUUUAUUGAAGUAUUUUGUUUAAUAUUUUAUUAGCAACUAAUUGAGUGUUGAAGGCACUUGCAUUGACUUCAAUAUUUUAACUCCGCUGCGUUAAGCAGUGCAUAUGUUAUAUGAAUAUCAAUGUACAUUUUGAAAUAUUAUAAGUUUUAAGAUACA